AUGAAAAUCACCAAGAUAGUAUAUAUUUUUGCUACAUUAUUAGCAGUCAACAUAAUUGCUCCAAGUUUCUACAACACUGUUGUAGCAGGAAAGAAUGUAGCACAAACAGGAUAUAAAAAAUUGACGGAAGCAGAAAGAAAAAAGAGAAAUCAAAAGAUCAUGAUGAUUUCUUCAAUAGCAUCGGGAAUAGCUGUACUUUUAGGAACUGCAUUAGGUUUAGGACUUCACUACAAAAAUAAACAACCCAAAAAAGCAGAUGGAGCUAAUGGUGCACAUCCUUCACCCCUUGGUAUAGUCACACACAACGCUGGUAACGCCCACCCCCAAAAGAAAUAA